UUAUUCUAGAUGGACUUAUAAAUUAUUUCAGAUAUGCGUGAGUGAUAAGAAAAGUGCAGUAGAUUGUGUAGAGCGAAUUUACAGUCUAGUAGUUAUUUUAUUUAAAUAUGAGCUUUAUGCAUUGUAUAGUUGCUUGAUAAUUAAAAAAGACACUGCUUUUUUUUCUGCGUCAAUCGAUAUCUAAAGACUAAAGGUAAGCGUGUCUACUAUUUAUUAUAAUAUAAAACAAUUAAUUGUUAUUAGAAUAAAUAAUUAUACCUAUUGCUAUCCGGUUAGAAUUUUAUUUUUAAAAAAAGUCUCCAAUUCGUAAUAAUCGAUAUUAUAUAAAUAUAAUUACGAUACGGUUAUACCAAUUCCUAAUAACGACUGCAACUAAAGCAGCUGCUGGAAAAUGAAAAUUGAUUUUAUUAUUAAGUGAACGCCUGGACUCUAGACAUUAAUUUUGUUGUCUCCGUCUUAUAAACGCAUGAUACAGAAAAUUGUAGUACAAAUUGUUUGCUGUUAGUUUUAGAACGAUUAUUAGAAUGAAUUUACCCAUUACCGAAUUAGGUAAGAAUCUAACAUCUGAACAUCUGUGUUUGCACGUUAGUUUUUUGUUAAGUAUUUAAAUUUUUAAGUGAGAUAUAAGCAUCUUUAAAUUGUGAUAUCUCAAUUAAAAUUAAAGUAUCAAGAAAAAAUCGACGUAAAAUACAUAUUAAAACUAACAUCGCAAAAUAAAUUCUAAUUGCUAUCGAAUUUGUUAUGUCGUUCGUUUGUAAGAUGCAGAAAACAAAAUAUGUAUCGUGUGUACCGUUCUCCUAAGAUUAAUUAAAAAAUAAUAAAAUAAAGAUACAUAGUAACUAAUAUUUAAAUAUCUUAUUUAUAUUUUUAUGUUAGUUGUUCUGUAGUCUAGUCGUGUUAUGGUCGUCAUCAUUUGUUGUUAAUACAUUAUUAUUUAUCAUGAAUGAAACAUUCGAUUAUAAAUGCACAAAUGUGUCAUUUUUUUUUUUUAAAUUUCAUUAUGCAACAUUAUUGUUUAUAUAAUAAUUAAUAACCGCCCGUAAAUAGGUAAAAUUAUAGGGUUGAGGUUUCAAUGCACUUAUCGUUUACCUACAAUGUUCAUUUUGUUACACUAUAUUUUUGAACGAGAAUAAAACAUUUUAUUAUUCAUUUUGUUUCAAUAAUCAUUUUUUUGGAAUAUUAUAUAAGUGCAUUAUUGUGAAUAAUAUUGGGCAUAAUAGCCUAUUUCUUUAAGGAAUUGUUGAGGUUUAUUUUUAUUUUUUUAUAAUAUUUAAAUAAUUAUUGGAAAAGUAAUUAAUUGCGUCAUCUCAUCCAGAUGUCGAAAAUCGUUUUACCCCACGAAAUCAAAGAUAUUUUGUCGAAAAAAAAUUGCUAUUAGGUAUUUGUUGUUGUUAUAAUAGUAAUUUUCAAAUUUAAGGAAUAUCAAUAACCAACAGGUAUGGUAAAUGUUUUCAAUUUGUAUUUACAUUUUACAUAUUUGUUUUCUUUGCGUUUUGUUUAAUCUUUAAUAACAUAUUUCCCAAUAUUAUGUAAUACAAUACACAGUGACUUAUGUUUUACUUAUUAUUAUUAUGAGUUUGUAUCCAAUCAUUCUAUGGCGACGUUUUAUAAUUUUAUCGCCUUUAAAUUACAUUUGGCCAGAACCCGUUUUCGGUAAAAAAUGAGUAUAUACAGGACGAUUCAUUAAACUAUCAACUAACUCAUAAAUGAAAAAUCCUAUAAUAUCAUGAUGUGCAUAUGAUGAAAAGAUUUAGAAAAAUAUUAUUUUUUCGUAUCUGGAUUAAAAAUGAGCAGUGGAGUAUUACCGCUUAAAAAUCAAAAGUUAUUAAUACUCAUUUUGGGUAUACAAAGCGCAUAGAAAAUACAAAUAUGAACAUUACGUUAAAAUAAAGCUUAAACGAUUCUAUAAUGAUUGAAAAAAGACAAAUUUACUUAAAAUUCUCUGUAAGAAAAUCGCUGGAUCAUAAUAAAAGAACCACCCUGUAUGUAUACUGAGUAUAGGGCAUUGCACACAAAGGAAACGCGGUUUCAAUGCAGUUGUAUAUAUAAUAUACAUAUAUUAUUAUGUAUAUUUAUUAUUUAUGUGCAUUACACACAUACGAAUACACUCGCUCGUCUCGAAGUCACCUGGACAACAGGCGUGUGUUUGAUUAAUGAACUGUAACAUCCCCUAUAUAAACACGUGUUGAAAUUGAAGGGUUAAAAUCCGACGACGACGUCUGGUUUUUUCCCCUAUUCGAUAAAAUGAAAUUCGUCGAAAUUCUAUAACCGGUGGUGAUGACGGCGGGGUGGUCGCUGGCAUUUAUUAUUAUCAUCGUCUUAGUCGUGAUGUGUCGACACGAUUUUAAUAAAACAUUCACACGCUUCUAUAUAAACCGAGAAACAGAGAUAAUGCUAGAUAAUGGCAUCAUUAUUAUUUAUACAAUAAUAAUGUUUUAAAAAGAAAUUUACAGACGGAUCGAUUUUUUUUUAUGGUAUAAAAGAAAUCAUAACGCGUGAAGAUCAUUGUAAAAAAAAAAAAAAAUACUUUUUGAAGAUCCAAUAAUAUAGUAUUAGUUGUCACCAUAUCAUGAAAAAAUGUAUAAUAAUAACUAAUAGAUUUUUUUAAACAAAAGCAUAAUAAUUAAUAUAUAGGUACAGUAUUCGUUUCAAAUUAACUGAAUUAAUCAAAAAUUCAUUCAAUAUCAUGAAAAUAUCAUUUCAUUGUUAAAACAAUCUCUAAAAUCAAUAGACGCAUAACGGAAUACUAUUAUACAUACUGUAUAAACGUAUUUAAUCAUAGAGACGGAAAUAUCAUAAUAUUUCCGUUGCAUAUUAUUACCAUUACUUAUGUAAAUUUGAAUGCAAUUUUUUUCGUUAUUAGUUGUUUAAUUGAAAAUACGAGUAAAGUCCAUAUUUUGAUAUAUUAGAAUUCACGAACUACAUGUAAUAUAAUUUAAAAAGAAUUGACGCUGCUGAUGUGUGCACCACUGUUAUAGAUAAGAAUUUGGAUACAUAAUUUAGGAUACAUUAGGAUACAUAAUAAAGUUAUUUAAAUUAUAUCUGUAAGUAACAAUAAACGAUUCUUACCGAAGUUCGUAUGUGUAUGAUUCGAAAGAUCGUAUAUUUAAAUAUCGUAAUAUUUACGAUUUUCAUAAAAAUUCACGAAUCAGAUCCAAAAUACAACAAUGAAGAUCUCUUGUUAUUUUUUUUCGGAGCAAGAUUUAUAGUAGAAAAGAUGCUCACAGAUAAAAAAAAAAAAAAAACCCGCUUUGAAUUUAUAAAUGCAUGCGAUGACAAAUCGUCGCUAAUGAAAAUCGAUUCCGAGCGAAGUUCGGUUAAACAUUUUGGAACGCCGCGAUUUUUACGAUUUUCUUAUAAAUUUGAAUUUAAACCAACGCUUAAAAAAAAUAUUCGAUUGAGAAAUCAACAAAAAUAAAACGUAUAUACGAGUAUCGACAUUUGUUGUUAGUUUUUUAAAUUGUAUAGACAAAUUGUUGGAAAACUAGAAAUAAUUUUCAUAUAAAUUACCAUCCGCAUCUUUUAAGGUAUGAAAUCAAAACAAAUUAGAAGAUUUCUACUAAUAGGUAAAGUGUUUUCCGAAAAAAAAUACAUCUUAAUAAAACUAAUAACUUUUCGCUAUACUCAGAAUUUGAAAGGCCAAAGGCAAAGGAGGACUGUGAACCCUCAUUCCCCCCUAUAACACCAACGCCACUAGUUUACGUUAUCAUCAGAUUGUUACCGUAUCGUAACAAAUAUUUACCCAGAGAUAAAAUAAUAAUUUAACAAUGCAUGUUUCAAUUAACAAACUCUAGCCGUUGCACAAAUGCAAUUUAAAUGUUGACUAAAGCAAUUAAAUUGUAAUGUUUAAAAGAAUAGUUAAAUAGUUAAAUUAAAAAGUCCAUUUUAUCGUCGUGUAAAACUCAUUCAAUGAAUUACAAUUAAAUUUUGUUGUCAAUUUAUUAUAGUUAUAAAUUAUGUGUAGUUAUACGGUAUUAUAAUAAUUUACAUAGCGUGUAUACACUACGUAUUUUCUUUUUAUUGCAAUACUAUUAUGUUUUAUUAUAAAAUUCAAUUGCAAAAUUAUAAUAUGAACGAUUACGCAAACUCGGUUAUAGGACGUAACCUAUGUUAUAUUUUAAUUUCGUGUAUACAAUAAUUACAAUAAAAAAUAAUACAAUGGUGGGCAUUUUAAUGAGAAUAAUUAACUCAAUUAAAUCAAGUGAAAUUAACAAAAAAUCCAUCAGAUAAAAGUUAACAAAAAAUAAAUUGAACUAAUUGAGUUAAAAACUGAAAUACAAAAACAUGUUAACGAAGUAAUUUUUUUUUUUGCUUUAACUUUCUGAUAAAAAAAAAUCAACAUUAAAAGUAUUCAAUAUUAAGUUGCUUUUAUAUAAAAAUACCUAAGGUAAAUCAAACUAUCACAGUAAAUUGUAAUGCUGAUACAAACAUAUUGUAAUAAUGCAGCACUGCAUGAGAACAGUCGAUCAAAAUUUAGUUUCAAACAAAAUCAUUUGUUUUCCAGUUUUAACUCAUCAACUUAAUUGGAUGUCUGGUCGAACACUUAAACUAGUUUAGUUACAAGUCAAUAGCCAGCAAAUAAUUGUGGGGGAGGGGUUAGAGUAUAAAUAUGAUUUAUUAUUUUAAAAAAUUAACGCGUCACGUGCGUAUUUAAUUAAAAAAUGCACGAACACGAAAUUACGUUUAUUGCGGCAAAGCGACCAGGCACGAAAAAAUAGCAAACGUGUGUAUAAUAUGACGGUUGAAGGCGAUGCCGUGUUUAAUGGCGAUAGCGUUAAACAAAAUUCAACAUACCUACUGCUCGGCUAGCCAUCGAUUACCAAAAUGAUUAAGAUUAAUUAGAUAUACCGUACUAUGUGUGUUUUAAAUUCGGUUAGGUUAUAAAAAGGGUUAAAAAAGAAAAUUUAGGUACACAGUAUCAAUAAUACUACUAAUAAUAAACAGUACCUAUAUCGACCAGGAAUGUAGUAACUAAAUGUUUCGCCCCACGUAAAACUUUAAAAUGUGUCCUUAUGAAUUGUAAUUUAUAAUUAAUUCUAAUUCUCGCUUUAUGCGCGUUCUUACCUCGGAUCCUUCCUUUAACCUGUAACCUGUCUACUUAUUUACUUGUAUUAUUUUGGGCUUGUCCUGUAUAUUGAAUAAAAUAAAAAAUAAAUAAUGAAAACUCAAAGCUAAAUGACUUGUAUAAACUAGAAUCAAACGCAUGUUUGAAUUAUAUUGUUUUAUCUCACUAUUGGAUUUUAUAAAUUUUAAAUUUUUUGUAUUGCAAUAUUUCUUUUUAACGUAAUGUUUAUAGGUUUUUGGGGUUUUAUUAGGUCCUCCCAGGUAUUGCGCCCGGGGCGUAAGUAAUGCUCACCUCUCUUGCUACCGCCCUAAUAUUGAUAUCAAUAAAUGCUCAUCAUUGUGCGAAAUUUGAACGUACGAUAUUUAAGAUUCUGAGUGGAGCGAGAAAUGUAUUGAUUUUACAAUGAUGUUUAUUAUUAUUAUUAUUUUUUUUUUAUAUAAACAUUUUUUCUACCAGAAAGAUUAUUCCGACUAUCAAGUAUAGCAACAUUUCUAAAAGGAAAUGUUUUCUGGGUGGAAGAGGUCAUUUUUUGAAAUUCUCAUUAUUAUUCGAGAUAACGAAGAAAACUUGGUUUUUUAGGUUAAAAAGAUUGAAAGAUUAAAAAUAAGAUUGUCAUUGGCAACCGUUUUUAUUUAUUUUUUGUUAUUAUUAAGAUUUUAUUAUUUUACUUUUUAAACAAAUUCCUAAUCAUUUUUGUAUACAAUUUAAAAAAACUAACAACAAAUGCUGAUGAUUUAGUUUUUGUUGAUUUUUAGGUUUUCGCAAGCAAGGAUUCUUCGUUGUAUAUAUAAAAUAAAUUACUUUGUAGUGUAUCCUACUUUUACUUACAUAUAACAGUGGCCUAUCCGUAAGUAGAAACGACUUCCUCACCCAUACAAAAGUCAAGAACAUAGUUUAAGUGCUUAUUUUCCUCGGACAAAAAAUUGUAAUACAUAAUAGUCUAGGCAAAUUAAAAAAAAUAGCGGAAAAAAUUAGGAAAGCUAAAUUUUGGUAUACACCUUUAUUGAAAGGUACUUAGUAACAAACUAAAAGUUCCCUAAGAUUUGAUAACUAAUUUCUCAAUUUUCAACCACAUAUUUGAAUAAGAUGGUAAACUCGAAAUUAAUUUCUCGCGCAGCUGCUUCAAAAGGUGGAAGAGUUAAUAAGAUAUUUUUACUGCUGGAUACAUUUUUUGCGAAACAUUGAUAACGGUAGUUAAUGAGGUUAGUUUUUUUUUCACUGGCAUUAUACAAUGCAAGAAUAGACAUUUCACCUGCUUUACAUAUACUAUCUUUACUUGCAAUAGGAUCGUAAAAUGUUUCUAUUGAGUGUAAUAAAUUAGGGCGCUUCUCAACAAUUUUAAAAUACUGUACUUUACCUUUUCUAAAAAAUGAGGAAGUCGUGUCACAAUUAAAAAAUGUAUGUAUGAAUAAAAUUGGUUUUUUUGUAUCUUUUUGUGAUUGUAAGCGUUAGAUGAAUAAAUUCUUCUUUCAAUUGUACCUUUUCUUAGUUUAAUGAAAAAAAUGUUAUUGGUUAUAGGGGCCAGGCCUAUAAGAAUAAUUAAUAAGUUAAUAUAUUCACCAACUAUUACAACUGUUUCAUUAGUUAAUUAUAUUAUUAGUAAAUCAAUGGCAGUAUUAACAACCAAAGAAUCUGCAUCGUCUAAGGCUUGAUUCACAGUUAUAUUGGAUUUUUAGUAAGAAUAAUAGUAUCUAUGAUAUUUCAUAUGCGAUUAUCGAGGUAAAUAUAAUUCCCAGAAAAUAUGUUGUAAAUAUAUUUUUUAUAGGUAAUUUUAUAGGUACCUCUUCUAUAAUACAGUAUGUAGGUAUUAUUCUUAUAAUCUUAAAAAUAACCGAGUUAUUUGAGAACAACUGAUUUUUCUUACACAAAGCGCGCUUUAGCGGAGGUAGCGGUAAUCAAAUCUUAGGGGACUUUUAGUAUGUUACUAAGUACUUUUCAAUAAAGUUGUAUACCAAAAUUCAGCUUUCCUGCUUUUUUUCCUGCUAUUUGUCAAAAUUGAGUCUAAUUUACCUGGACUAUAAUGUACAAUAGUACAACAUCUCGCAUAAAAAAAAAAAACCCAAAAAAGACGGUAUUGACCGUUUCGUCUCUAUUACAAUCCGAUUUCUUUCACAGAAAACAUACUCAGACUUAUCAUAACUACGGAGGGAAAAUGUAAAAAUAAAAAUAAAAAACAGAACACGGCAGAGAUCCCGUAAUCGAAAAUUACAAAACACGUUCUUCCCUUUUGCCGUUGAGCUAAUACGACACCGGUGAUAAGACUGCAGUUAGUACUGCACUAGUGCCGUAGGACUACACUUUGUUUUAUAGAAUAUCACGAAAAGUGAAAAAUUUUGCUUUUGAGGGGAGAUGGGGGGGAGGGUCCUGCAAAAAUAAGCGAUUCGACGCGAAACAUCCCCCCGACUGGAAUAAUUUUCCGGAAACUCACUCUACACACAUCCGUGUACUGGUAUAUUAAGUGACCGGCCGCUAUUGUACAUACGUACCAUAUUAUUAUACGUACCUGUAGGCCGCGUAGGCGAAGGCGUGGGCGGAGUGGCGGUGUCGUCGCGACCUUGGUGUGAAAUUAAAGGAAGUCGCGUCGGGACGGGUUGAGCGCGUAUAUAAUAUUAUAAUAAUAAUAAUAGUAAUAUGUAAUACCGACCACGAGUGUGGAGGGGAAAAAGAAGAAUGCGCUAGUGUUGUACAUAAUAAUAUCAUAAUGAUACAUUAUAUACAAUAAUAAAAUAAUAAAGUAAAAACAAAUUUAUUAAAAUGGUUAAUACUCGUAAACAAAUAAAGUAAAUAAAUAUACAAAUCAAAAAUUUAUAUGUAAAAAUAAAAUAAAUAAACGAAUCAAUGCGUCGCCUGGAGUAUUAUGAUAAGCGCAUUGUACGACCGGUUUCGAAUUAAAAAUUCGUCAUCAGGUGUAUCACAGUCAAAAUGUCUGUGACUGUUUUAUGUUUUAUGACUGUGAUAUACCCGAUGAUGAAUUUUUAAUUCGAAACCGGUCGUACAAUGCGCUUAUCGUAACACUCCAGGCGACGCAUUGAUUCGUUUAUUUAUUUUAUUUAUAUAUUUAUUUACUUUAUGCAUAAUAUAAUAAUAAUAAUAUAUAUAUAUAUAAUGUACAAGUGUCCGCAAUGAACACCGGACCAUCACUGUAUACCUAAUAAUAUUAUUAUAACAUCGUACCUGUACACUCGUGCGCGUAUAAUAAUGAUGCCUACGAACAUCACGGACGACAUCGCGCGAGCGCGCGCGCCCGAGCGGUUCUCCAGACUGUUAAGUGUCCGUCGUGGUCGGUUAACUAUAACAAUAUAAUACUAUCACCGCGUUUAUAUUAUAAUAUAUGUGUAUAUAUGUAUAUACGUAUAUAUAUAUAUAUAUACAUAUAUGUGUAUAAUAUGAUAGGUGUUAACCUAUCAUCGUUGUGACCGCCGCCGCCGCCGCCGCAGCCGCCGCCGCAGCCGCCGCCGCGGCCGUCGUCUGACAGUACGCCGCACGCGUGUGCCGGACCAGAGACUGCCGCCGCGCGGGCAGACACAACGUUCCGACGGAGCCCGCGAAGAACACGCGCGCCGCCGUAUACACGCUCGUCCGCACGGCUUCCGAUGGGUUCUGAUAGCGCGCACCGCCGCCGUCGCGUACCCAGCGGUUCGAAUUUCCGCCGCCGUCGUUGACUUUUGUCGACUUGCCGUCCGUUGUUUUUGUUCACGCGCGAACGUCAGCGAAUCCCGGCACACACGCGGUGAGUACCUACCACCUACACCUACACCACCUACACUGCCUAUGCCAUAUCCCACGCCCGUCGUAAAUUCACCAUGAAAUCGUAACGAAAUAUAUUACGGGAUUCACGCGGAGUUUUUAAAUGAACGGCAUCCCUCCCCUCCCCAUUCCCCCGUCGGUCACCCGGAUUUCUUUCGAUUUCGCGAAAUUCGACAACAAUCGUGUUUUCAGUAUACGUCUGUAGACUUUUACACCUCAAUCUACCGCCCCCUCACCCAUUCGCACAUCCGUCUAAAGGGAUACGGGGUACGUCGUUUUUACAGACGAAUACGUGACUUCUUCACGGGAAUAUUUAUUAGUCAUAACAUAGAUCUUUUUUAAUCGACAUACGACCACGUUCUAUAUUACAGUCCGCAUUGAACUCCGGUUUUUCUUUUUCUUUUUUUUACAAAGACCCCAAAUAGCUGAGAUGAAAGUAAAAGAGAACAGAAGAAUACGAAUUUCAAAUAACGGUCGGUACACGAAAAUUUACGCGCGGAAAAAAGCCUAAAAUGUAAUUUUUGUAAAGACAUAUUUUUCAGAAUGAAUUUUCACUAGCAAUUAGUCGUUACGUACGCGUUAAAAUUUUAAUAACCACCUUAAAUAUAAGACUUCGACACUAAUUUAUACUGUCCGAUAAUACCUAUUUAGGGGAAAGCAGAAUGGCCGUUUUUACGGACGAACAUGACUUCGUGUGGGAAUAUUGUUAAUUUAACACUAUUUAUUUCUUGGUAAACAACGACAUUCAACAGCCAAUACAAUUUGGUAGCUUAACAUUUUAAAGAUAUAUUAUAAAGAUUGGGUUUACAAUAUUAAAAAAACGGAAGUUCAAUGCGGGCUGUAAAAAUAAGUCUUCCUAUUUUUAACGAAAAAAUAAUCGUCAACAUCGGACCACUCUAUGAGAGUUUUGAGAGUUUUUCCAGUGAGACAUGUUUUUUUAAUAAUAAAAUGCAAAAGUGCUCUUAAUAAGACGGCUACAUCUAAUCGAAACAUAUAGUUUCUAUAUAAUAUAUAGGCAUUUAUCGACUUGUAGUAAUCAUAAACAGUGUAUACACUUAGUUCAAUUUCGUUAGGUACACUGUAUCCCUCAAAAACGAAAUAUGUCAUUCGAAUAUAGUCCUGUAAUGAAUUCAUAAUAAAAUUAUUGGAAUACAUUUUGUAAAACGAAUCGGACAGGUGGUUGCGCAGAUUUUCAAAAAAAUUAUAAUUUAUCGUCCGACCGGAACUUUGUCGUAAACCGUAAGUGCGUUAUGGUUUUAAGAUCGAUUUUACGAUAUUACAGGACACGUGGUUUUCGAUUGUUGUCUUUUCGUGGUUGCCUAGCCGUCGAAUAGUUUUUUACACAAAAAUUCGCUACUGUACGACCGACCACCGUAUCUCGUUAUUUUAUUUUUCCUGUUCAAAAAGUAUAUACGUUUUAUAAAUUAAUGUAAAAAAAAAAAAGGUCUAUCAAACCAUUUUAAGACUUUUUUUUUUUAAUUCACGAAUUUAGCGAAUUUUAUGUUAACAUUCAAAGUUGACUUUAUGAAAUAUUCGAAAUCAAGGUUCACAAAGCGGCGGAUUUAUUGAAAUAUACCGAAACGAUCAAGAUAGGCACAAGUUCUAUAUUAUGACGUCUACGAAAUCAACAAACAAAUAAAGCUUAUAAAAAAGCUUUUGGGUUAAUACAUAGAUCAAAUAGAUUCAUAAAUACGCUCGUGUGCCGUAACAAUCAUAAAUUUCGGGGGGGAGGGGGGUUGAACCUCCAAAAUCUUCCUUUUUUUACUCCACUGUUUGUGCACAUAAGGGAUACACGGUGAAUAGAGCAGAUUGUUUUUAAGUAAAAUAUAAAUUUACGAAAUUGUAUAAUAUAAACUAUAUUUUUAUAAAACGACAGACACGGAGUGAUGAUUUUUGACCAAGCGAUGUAUUUUGGCGUUUGUUUUUUCUCGGCAGUGUUUAAGGGCCCAUAUCGUCACUAAAAUUUAUUUUCUGCGUCUUUUUCGGUUUGGGGUGGACCAAAUUUAAUUUUGAAAACAGAUUUCGAUCGAUUAACAAUAAUUUACCAUAUUGACAAAGUACCGUUUAAAUUUUGAACUUAUAUUAUUUAUUAUUAUUUUUACGUGUACGUGAACCAAAUUUGAAUAGUUUUAUAUACCACAACGCAAUUUUUAUUGGGGAUAAAUUUAUACACAUUUCCCCCCCCCUCCUGUAAUCGCGAAAUCCGUAGUUCUCGUCAUAAUAACACGGAUCGAAAAUAGUACGGUCAGUCCCGGUCGAUACCGCAUUAAACCACCGAUUAAACCACAGUUUACAAUAAUUAUUUUACGUUCGCGACGUCGUAAACGUCUGAAGGUCGUGCGCACGCGUACAAAGGUGCGCGCUUAGACUAAGGUCCGAACCAAUGUGAAUGGUCUGGCCGAACGAACAAUUCUGGGACGUCAUCUCGUCGCUAAAAAUAAAAUCGCGUUCGGAAUAUGUCACUGGAUCAUGGUGGCCAGAUUUUUGUAUCGAUCGGUUCUAUACACGCGCCGCAAACAUAAACGACCAGACUAUUACGAUUGACAGUAUAAGUAUAGUUACUAAUAAUAUCAUUGAUUUCGUGUUAGUUUUAAAUUUAUGUUUUGAAAAUUCGCUCGACCAUAAAUGGAGUACACUAUAUAUACAUUAACUUUGGAAAUAUAUGCACUUAUGCAAUCUAGAUAAAAAAAACCGCUAAAAAUUUACUUUCUCCUUAAGUCCUUUUUUCCCGCAAACAAAUAAAUAUAUAUCAAGAUAAUUUUAUGUUUUUGAUUAUAAAUCGAUGUAUUUCGUGGUGUUUUUGAAUCUUUGUGAUACGAUCUGUACACAACUCAAUAUACAAUACAUACAUUAUUUUAGAAAGUUCUUAAAAAAAAUACAAUCUGUAUUUGUAUUUUGUUUUAGCGUAUGACUUUUAUAUAAGAGUUGAAUGAUAGUUACUGUGAUGAUUAUUUUUUGUACCAAUUGAAUAUCCACUAAUGUUUAUUUAUGAGGAAAAAAUCACACAUAUUGCCGCGUCGCCGCGGUCGUUUGUUUUCACCAUGUUGGCAGUAUACCUGUUAUUAAAAAAAAAAAAAAAAAAAAAAAAAAAAAAAAAAAAAUAGCAAAACAUACAAGUAGAACGCAUAUAGUAGGAAAACAAAAAAGUAAAUUGCACUUUUUAACCAUCUCGUCCUGUAUAAAUACGAUUGCGCGGUCGUAGGAAGAAAUAAAAGCUCAAUAAUCCAUCAGUUGUCCGUAUAUAUUUAUACUGAGGACCGGCGUGAAAUGUUUAUACGAUCUAUACUAUAGCGUAACGUGUGUGUAAACUCGAAAUGUGAGACGGAAUAUUUUCCGUGACGGAGUUAAAAAACGAUUUACGAACCCGUCUGGUCUUGGACAAAACCAUAAACAUUUCAAUCGUACGCGUUUCGAUAUGUGAAAUUACGUGCAUGCGAGCAGUCGAUGUUGUGCGAAGGUAUAUUUAUCGACUCUUUCAUUUACCAAUAUCCUUAAUAAUAAAAUUACUAAAUAAUAAUAUUUGAUGACUAUUUUGCUGCCCUUAGCUUGUUUGACUUUAGAGCUUAUAACCACAACAUUCGUAAUAAUAAUAGUUUUAUAUUUUAUAUUCCUCGCGUUUAUUCCAAGACUACGCGCCAGUAAAUCACCCCAUUAUAAUAUUAUUCUAACGUUUCUUAUAGUUAUAAUUUAAUUUUUGAUGAUGGUUAUAAUACACACUUGUUAUAUAUAUUUUAUACAUUUGAUUACUUGCAUUCGGGUAUAGAUCUUAGAAUUAUAUAAGUGAGAGGAGUGGGUGAGGGCUAAACAAAAUUCGCUUUGCGUUAAAAAUUUACUUUUAAUUUUAGUUAUAAUUUUUAUACAUAUAUGAUAUAGUAUACCUAAGUUCUAUUUUUAAAGUACCUGCAUGUUAAGGGAUGGAGGUCUUCAACCCUUAAUGGCUCUCCUUGAAUCCACCCCUAUUUGUAAUUAAUGUUAUUAUGCACCUACUGAAAUCGAAACUGGAUCCAGUCAGUAAAAUAAAAUAAACUAAAUGUCGCAAUUGAUUACUUUAAUAUUGUAAAUAUAAACAUUAUAACAAUAAACGUCCUGACCUGACCUAAUCAAAACGUUUGCGUAACGAUAUAAUAUGAAUACUAAAUGUAAUUUAAAAAAAAAAUAAAAUGAAUAUAAUAAUGAAUGUAAUUAAUGUAACAUAAAUUAUCUAGCCAUAAGAAUACAAUGUUUAAUGCAAAUUGGGUUGUUCCGUAUUAAAUAAAUAAAUAUUAAAUAACAAAAAUCGUUAAUGUCAUACAUAUUUUAUCCUUCGUUUGUCAUACGGUUUUUCCAACUAUUAAAAAAAUCAUAAAAAGUAAUCAAAAAACAACACUAUGAAUGUACCAACUAGAUCCACAAUGCUAUACAAAAGCUUUCAUGUUAUUUUUUGAAUGGAGCGAAGUUUCUGGUAGAAAAGUUGUUAACGGAUAGACAAAUUAAAAAACACACAUCAUACUAAAACCAAUUCCUCGUUGUAUCCAAAAUCUAAAAAAUUACUUCUAAACAAAUAUUAUUAUUUUCUAUACUUAUUAUCUAAGGAAUUACGGACAACAUCUGAUGAUGUUUUUUUGUUUUUAUCUUGAUAUUAAUAAGUUGAUAUUAAUUACGUGAUUUAAUAAUAAUUAUUGGAGAAUAAUAAUAAUAAUGAUGUGAACUUUAAAAUACCAUACAUGUCACCAUAUACGGUAAUGAUAAAUGUAAUUAAAAACGUAUGAUUCACAGUUUAAAAAAAAAAAACCUAUUAAAGAUCGAUUGCGAACAUUGCAAAGUUAUUAUGUAUUUUUAUGUAAUAAAAAUAAACAAAGAUACUAGAAAUUAUUAAUAAAAUUCUAUUAUCAUGAUACUUAUAAAUUAUAAGUAAGAUAAUAUUAUAAGUAAUAACAAGAUUAUUUAAAAAUCUUUACAUAAUAGUAUAUUCCACCCGGCGCUCAAUGGAAUUUUAUCCUGAUUACGAGUGUCUCGAUCUUUUUUCAAACAAUAAUGGUGAGUAUAACAAUGUUAUCGAGAUCUCGAGUAUAAAAAUCAUUUAGUUUUGCGCGGCAGUUAUAAACGUGAACCGCAUAAUUUUAUUAUUUUGCUUACAUUUUAGUAACACGUUAUGUGCACAUUAAACAUACUUCAAUUGAGUAUAAAUACUAUAUAAUACUAAAUAUAUUAGACUUAGUCCAGAACUCGACUGUUUAAUUUGAAAAAAAUAAUUCUAACCUCUACGUAUAAAUAUCUUCAAAUGCAGAUAUUUCUAAUAAUAUUGCUAUGUUAAUAGUUUGAAUACGCAAAAAUAGAUUGUUAUAUUAAUACUACAGUAUUAUUAGGGUUACUACAUUUAUGUUUAAUUUAGAGUUGGUCGAUAAAUCGACUCGACAAAUUUUGAUUUAGUACUCGUUAAUUCGAGUAUAAGUAAAAAAUCUAACGAACGAAAAAUGAGCCGAUAAAAAGAUAAGAGUAAAUAAGAAUAAAUGAUAAUAAGGGCGUUUUAAAAAUCUAAUUUUACUCAUGUUCAAGAAAUAUUAUCGUCACGCGUAAUUUGACGUUAAUAAUAAAUAAAUAUUAAUACAUAAUGUAGUUAAAUACUUAGUUGAUAAUUAACAAAAAAAAAAAAAAAAUAAAACAAAAGUCGAAAAUUACAGAAAUUCUUACCGUGUAAAUUUCCCAGUUUUUCUGUUGUUUUUUCUCCGGUUUUUCAACUAUUAUGAAGAAAACUAUAUGAAAAAUAAAAACAAAAAUGACUUCCCCGACUCAUUGGCUACAAUUUUGACUAGACAAACAUUUGUUAACAGAAACCACCCACGAAGUCGAUAGAUUUUUAGUAUUGUUUACAGACAGAAAAAAAACAAAAAAAACGCAUCAUAAUAAUAAACCUAAUAUUAAACUAAUAAAUUCGUCGUUUCGCUCAGAAAACAAAAAAAAAAAAAAAAUUAUGUCCAUAAGCGAAUAAUAAUCACGCGGUCAUCCUUAUCGUACAUUAAAAUUUCGUAUCAAUCCACUAACCUGUCCUGCUAGAAUAAGUUCCGUAUCUGACGUGUAUGCGUGUGUGUUUUUUCCCCUCGUCGGUUUUCGUCCCGACACAUUAUUUUAAUCGAAUAUUAUUUUACACCCGCGCAGUCGCCGCCGCCCGUUCUUUUCAAUAACACGAAUUAUACACCGCACGUCGUUUUUUCUUUCUUUCGCUCUUUUUCAAAUUCUCAAAUCGUCGUCAUUUUUCACGGUUGCAGGUAUGGAGCAACAGAAGAAAUAUUGGAACAAAAUCGAAAACGCCUGUUGCCAACUGAUCACGUGUAUUACCGCUCUCAUACGACUCGUGUCCAAGUACGUUAUCGGAACGUAUAUGCAUCAUAUCGAAUACCGGCCCGGUAAGUACAUUAUAAUAAUAUUUACUGAUAGUACCUACACAAUCAGUUUUUGUUUUAAUUGCAUAAUUAGACCGUUGUUUAUCGCGGCGUGUAAUGAGCAGAAAAUUUGAAUUACGAAUUUUUUUCUCAAUUAUAGAAACAUUUUAAUUUAAAACGAUCGGUAUAAAAGAGUACCCGUAGCUGUACCAAAAACCUUUUUGUUAUUUGUUUACCGCGUGCAUAAUUUCCUUGUUUAUUGUUUGUUCGCUCACGUAUUAUUUUCGACGGUUUUUGAUAUUGAAAGCAUUUUACGAUGAUGUCGCCGUAGAGUCCAAAAACUCUGUACAAACAAAUAUUAUGAUAUAAUCCCCUUAUUGUAUACUAUACAAAUAAACCGGGAAACGAGUCACGAACUCUUAAAACUUUUCUAAAAUCGUAGCGAUUUGUAUAAAUACCUGAGAUCAGCGCAACGUGGAUUUUUUUGAACGGGGCUGUUGCAUGUUUACGUAUUUAAAAGAAAAAACAUGAUUUUAACGCAUUUUAGUAAAAUUAUAUUACAUAAAUAAGGAUGGAAGGGGGUGUCCAGAUACUCAAAAUAUCAAUCCCUUCUAGUCGUGCCACUAUCUGAGUCCCAUUAUAUCGAAGAUUCAUUUUCGGUUUGAUGAAAGUGAUGUACGCGUAUAUUUUUCAAUGGAGGGGUAUAUCGAAAUUUUCCCAAAUUGGUUCAAAAUAUUUUACCUAUAGUUAGGUAUUAAUAUGAAUUCUCUAUAUUAUGUUUAAAAAAGACUUAAAUUUUGAGAAUGACUUCAAUAAUUUCAACUAGGUAUAUUAUAAUAGACUGAUACCACUGAUCGAUGUAUCACUUUGUUCAGGCACGGAUCCAGAGCUAAGAUCUGGGGAGGGCCCAACAAUUUUUUUACAACAUGAAUACAAUUAAAAUAUAAUAUAAUACAUAAUGUAUAUUAUUUUCUCACGCAAAAAUCAGAGAAAAAAUUUGGAGGGGCUGGGCCCUGAAUCCGUCUCUGGCUAUGUUUAAAGAGAGAGAAAUUUAAUUCAUAUUUGUAUGCAAUUAUAAACCAUAUUGUUAACAAACAAAAAUUCUGAGCAGAAUAUUAUUAAUCCUAUUUUUCCCGAAUAGUUUCCAAGGUAACCCAGAUAUCAUCAAAAAUUAUGCCAGUUUUUCUCAUUAAUUAAGAAAAUUACGAGAGAAAUCAAAAAAUGAUUCCCUCAAAGAACCAAAUAAGGCUACAAGAGAGUUUUUGACUGUAGCAAAAUCUCAUAUACAUACACAUAAAUACAUAAUAAAAAACCAAUACAUUCACCUUCGCUUGAAAUCUAAAAUUUCAAAAAAAAAUUCAAUUUUAAACAAAAUUCAACAAUAUACGCUAACUUUUAUUGGAUUAGUGAUAAAUAUGAUUUGUAUAAUCGUAUACGUUUUAUAUUUUUUUCAAUUCGAACAUUACACUUGAAAAUAUAAAUAUGGACCACUAUACUACACCGAAUGAAAUUUUAUUGGUUUUUUUUUUUCUAUAUUUAAUAUAAGUAAAUGUGUAUAUAAAAAUAAUGUACAACGUUAGUAUGACGUUCGAAUGAAAAAAAACACGUGUUCGACUAUGAGAAAAGUUGAUUUUUUAAAUUUAUUUGACUUUUGUUUAUUAUUAUUACGUUAUCAUAGUUCGCCAGAAAAUUAAAUGCAAAACUAGUUGAUUAAAAUAUCAUUAAAUAUUACCACUAAAAAGAAAAAAAUUAGUUUUCUAACUUUAAACCAGCGAUUCUCAAACUGUGGUACGCGGUACGUCACAUGGUAGUACGCAGAAAGCCAAAUUUUUAUAAUGUCAAUUAUAUUGUAGUAAUUUACUGUCCUAUGCUCAUAAUUUUGAAAUAAAUGUAUAAACAUUAUGAAAAGUUAAAUUUUUAUUCAUAAGUGGUAGGUGACGUAUAAUACAUAUAAGGGGUACGCGAAAAAAAAGGAACUUUUUCUGCAAACCACACUUUCUUCUUUGACGAAUAUAAAUAUUAAUAAUAAAAAUUAAAGUAAUGUAUUUAGUAUACCCAUUUUAAUAACUUUGGAGAUAAUAAAAGUAAUCAAAUUCCGUUUUUUUAAAUAUUAUUUACAGAGAUAUGGACUAAAAGUAUUGUUAUUGCAAUUCAUUUUUAUGUUUUGGUAAAAAAUUUAAAAAAAAUUAUUUUAUUUUAUUAUUUUUGAUAACAAUUAUCAGGGAGUUUAGGGAAGUACCUAUAAUUAUACAGCAGGCUUUAAUCCCAUUCGCUAAUGAAUUAUUAUUUUCAUGACUGUAGACUUUUUUUUUCUCAACUUUAAAAAAUUAUUAAAAAUCACGAAUUUAAUGGAAAAAAAAAUUUAAUACGUCAGAAUUUUCAGAAAAAUAAACUCUAUAACAUGACUAUCUUCAAAUUUGUCGAAAAUAAUAAAAUAAACAUUUUUUUUUUUAGUUGUGUUACCAAAAUUUAAUUCAAAUAUAAAUAUUCACGCGAGUAAUGUAAAAAAAAGUAAAGUUUUAUUAUCUUUAUUAUAUCAAGAGAUAUAGCAGUGGUUAAAUCUUCGUGGGACACGCCCUGUAUAAUGUACAUUGUUUAUAAAAUAGCUAUAGCACUCGUAAUGAGUAUAUAAAGUAAAUGGGCAGUUGGGAAGGUUCGAUAAUAUAUAGAAUAAUUUAAUAAUAUAAUUUCCAAUAUAAAACUAAUCUGAGUAUAUUCGGUUGAACGUAUUUCUAAAUGCUGCAAUUAUUAUUAUUUUCAUAAAAAUUUUAAUGCUUUAUUAUUUAUUUAUUUAUUUUUUUUAAGAAACUUAUAGGUAUUAUAAAAUGAGACUUCAUUAAUUUUUGGUUAAAAAUUUAAGGAGCUAUAUUAUGAAAUUGACAAGUUUAAAAAAUCUUGAAAAUAAAACUGAAACCUUCAAAAUUCUUAAAGUUUAUAUAGUUGCCUUUUGUAUAACGACCCAGAAAAAUGACUAAUUUAAAAUAUAAUGUUUAAAACUCGUGUAUACUCAUUGCUUAAAUAAUUCAAUUCCAUAGUAUUAUGCAUUUAGUUGUUUAUUCAUAAUAUUGUUCAAUUUAGGUUUUGAAGCACUUUAAUUUCUGAGUAAGUCUCUAUAUAUUAAUAAGACUUUCGGCCAAACUAAAUAAAAGUAAAAAGUCUUGUAAAUUAUUACAAGAGUUAGGAUGUUUACGCAUUACAAAGUUAAUAAAUAUGUAUAUACAUAUAUCUACAUUAAAUUAAGUUAAAAAACAAAAAAAGCUGAUACUGCUAAUGGGUGUGAUGGAAUUGUUGUAGGUCGAAAGUUAGGAAGUUAGGAUAGAUGAGGUUCUGUCUACAACGAUAAAUCAUUGCUAACGAAAAACAAAUUUGGACGAAGUUCAGUUAUACAUAUAUUAUAAAAUGCCUCAUUUUGUACAAUUUUUACGAUUUUCGUAAAUAAAAAAAAGACCUAAUUAAUUACGCUCAACUUUUUAUUUUUUAUUUUUUUACCAAUAAGAAAAACACUAUGAUGAUCCUUAUGUUUAAUUUUAACAUCUUUCAUUUUAGAUGACGAGGGAACUAUUGGUUGUUUAUUUUUUUUCUUCUAGUCUAUGGACACGUCUUUUCCUAGUAAACUUGUUCUGAUUUUUACGUGUAGCAACUUUUCUGAAAGCUCAAGUUAUCUAAAUGGUACCUUUAACAUGUCAUUUUUUGAUUUUAUAUGCUAUUUUUGAAAUAAAAGCACUUAGUAAGAGAAAACGUAGGAAAACGUACAAUUUUAUGAUUUCAUUAUUUUAUAAAAACACGUUUUCUAUCAGAAAAAUUGAUUUAAUCGAAAAAUCACAAAAUACCUUUUUGAUAAACUUUCUUACGGUAUCAUUGUCAAAACUUUUGAGCCACUUUUGAUCUUUUAAUGAAUUUUAAUUUUUGGGAGUUUUUUGCUGUAAUUCGGUAAUAAAUACACGUAGGUACAUGAAAUUUGGUAAUAAUACUUAUAUUGAACUUACCUAAAAGUGGUAAAAUUUCCAAAAUCACAUGAUGACUUUUUUUUUAAAAAUAAGCGUUUAGAAAUCAAAUUUAAACAAAAUCUUAAAAAUUAUGUAUUACCGAACUGCGUUUGGAAUCAUCUUUCAUUAAGCAAUGGUUUAUCGUUACUUAUAGAUAUGAAUAAAAUAACCUUAUGUAUCCUACCUUCCCAACUUCUCAACUACAACAGUGGCCACUCUCAUUCUCAGUAUCAGCUCUUUUUUUUAAUAUUUUAUAAGUUUUUUAAUUAUUUGCUGAUAUCUAUGUGCCUAAUACCGUGGUUUUUCUGGUUGAAAAAGUAUUUUUAGUGGUUUGCAAUGAAUACUGUUUUAAGCCCGUUAUAACGGUACUAUUACCGUAAUUGUUAGCAUUAUGUGCGUACACGUAAAUUCCAUAAACUUGACAUUUACACAGUAUAGGCAUCAGGUCGAAGAAUAUUUUCGUACUAUCCUACGUGUUCGAUUUUCUCAACCAUGAAUAAUUUGUUACUAUAAUAUUGACGUAUUACCGGAACGUUGAAGAAUACCUCCUUAUACAUAUUUUUUUUCUUCUAACGGUAAAUACCUAACACAUAACAAUAAGUGAAUAAAGGCCUACGCUAUUCGAACGUCAUCCUAAUUUCCUUAUUUGUAAUAUAGUAUACUUAUGGUUUUUUUUUUUAAAUAAUUACAUUAAUUUAUUAUUUUAAAAUAUGAUACAUAAAAAAAAAAAUAUUCCAUAAUUCUACCUAUGUAGAAUAUACAUACAUUCCAAUGUUUCAUUGUAAUAUAGGUACCUAUCUAAGUAAUUCUUGAAUUAUUUAUCUGCACGUUGCUAUAUAUAUUAAUAUAUGUUAAUACAAUUAUUUGCAUAAUAUUGUAUCUAAUAUGUUAUUUGUUAAUUAUAUUUCAAUGACGUAUAAUAUAUCAUAUUAUUGAAAAUAAUAUUAAAUAUUGUUUAUAACAACAUUUAACAGAUAUAAUGUAUAUAUAUAUAAUUAUGUGUUAUAAAAUGUAUAUAUUAUAUGUAUAGGUACCCAGAUAUAUUAUAUAGUUAUCGAGUAAUUUAGUUUACCUAUAGAUAAAAUGGUAAAGGUUAUACACUAAAACGAAUGCCGAGAAGAAGACGAUAUAGUAAUAAUGUCAUUUGGUCAACCAGACGAAAACACAAUGGAAUUGGUUUUAAAUUAAUAUUCUUGAUCUUUUGAAUGUUGGGCAUAUAGAACCUUAGUCAAUUUCUUUGUAAUUGAUAGGUUUUGUUAUCUCAAGGCCAAGUUAAACCUUGAUGGGUAAUCAAUGACGUAUAUAAAAUUAUAAUAGUAUUACUGCUUUGAUUUCGUUUCAGACGCUCAACCGAAAACAUGUAAAACCUUGGCAGAUAUUCCAGGGCCAAGGUCCUUGCCUAUAUUCGGUACAAGAUGGAUCUAUUGGAAAUUCUGUUUAUACAAACUGAAUGCGGUACAUUUGGCGUACAAAGGUAAAUAAUUUUGUUGUUUUUUAUUUAUGGAUUAGUUUAGUCACACAGUGAUAACAAAAAAUAGUUAUCCAUACUUAAUUUAGUUGAUACGGGUUUAAUAGUCCCUCUCUAUAAGUAAAUAAAUAGUAUAUUUUCUUUCAUUACUAUACACAGGCAAUCAAUUCCAAUUUCUAAGACAUUAUAUUUAAAAUACAAACCAUUAUUAAUAUAUUUCAAUCCACUCGAAAAAUUGAAUCCAAACUACUCUCCCCCUACCUAAACAUAAAAGUGUAAUAUCUUGUCAACGGAAGAUCAAACAUUUCAUCACCGAAAUGUAUUUAAACUAACACGCCAGCUAUUUAUGCAAUUUUUAAUAUAGGUUGUUAUUUUAAAAUCAAAAGUUGAUUAGUUGUUUCAUUCUUAAGAAUGAUCAAUAAUAAUGUUAAUGUAAUAUUUUUGAGCUGCUUAUUUUUAAAUUAUUUAAAAAAAAUAAUAAAUACUUUUCGAGAUAACGAAUGUCUUACCGUGAUCUUAUUGCAGAUCACCUUAUAUACGGAUUAAUCGUCUAUGACUGUACCUAAAUAUUUGGAUAUUAUGUAAAUAUUGGAUUAUUCAUAAUCUGUUAAUACUUACACAGACAUGUUCAUCCGGUACGGAAAUAUAAUUCGUGAAGAAGCAUUGUGGAAUAUACCAAUUAUCAGUGUCAAAGACCGAGAUUUUAUUGAACGGGUACUCAGGCACAGUGGAAAAUAUCCCAUCCGACCCCCGAAUGAAGUAACGGCCAACUACAGAAAAUCCAGGCCAGAUCGCUACACUAACACCGGGCUCGUUAACGAGUGAGUACGAGUACUUAUAGAAGGAUAAUAUUAUGAAUAAUUAUAUUUUGUUUGUGUAAUUCGAAUACACUGCAGUACUUAUUAUAAUAUUAUUAAGCCUAUUCGGGAUUAAAAUACAACAUAAUUGCAUAAGAAGAGGGUUCUUGAACAUUUGUAGUAUGUGAAAAAAAAAUGAUUACGUUACGAGUGCUUUAUAAAAUUUGAAUUUAACGGUGUGGCAAUUAUAUUUUGUGCAAUUAUGUGUACAAAAUAAAUAACGUGCUACAGAUAUAAUAUUUUAGAUGAUAUUUUUUUAAAAAAAAAAACUAAAUAAUAUACUGUAUAUAAUUUACAUUCCACAAUGAUGAUAAUACUUGUUCAUUAAUAAUAAUUAAAAUAAAAAUAGUUAAAAAUUUGACACAAGGGUAGCAAAGGCGUGUUUACGAUAGGGAGGGAUGUGGAUGUCAUGUCCGCCCCCAUUGACCUUUAAAUCUGUUCUAAUUUUAUAAUUCUCAAUUAUAUUUUAUUAUAAUCUAUUAUCAGUGAUGUACCCAGGAAAGACCUAAAGGGGCUUCGAUCCUCCCCAUUGGUCAUGUUAAAUUUAAAAAAACAAAAGAAGAGCUGAUACUGCUAUAGGUGCGCCAUUGUUGUAUGUGGGAAGUUAUGUGGGAAGGAUUCAAAAAGUUAUUAAAUUAUUAAACCUGUAAGCAAUGGAAAAACCAUCGCGAACGAAAAACUGAAGCGAGCGAAUCUGAGCGAAGUUUGUUUAUACAUGAUUUGAACCUUUGAAUAUUUAUGAUUUUUAUGAAAACUUGAUCUUAAAAUGAUUAUAUAAAAAAAAAAAUUCAUUACGCUCAACUUUUUUUCAUCGCUAAGUUCAAUUUAUAAUGAACCUGUUAAAUUUUCAAGCAUUUCUGUUUGGUCACACAUAGUAACUAUCAAGUUAAAUCUACAUAAAAAAACUCAUAACAAACAUUUUAUGCUUAUAAAUAGCUCAAAAAUAUUUUCAGAAGAUUUUGAACAUUUUGACACGUUUAGAAAAAGCAUAAAUACAUUUUCUGUCAAAAUUUAAAGUUUCUUCGAUUAUUUUAAACUAAAUUGCAACAAAAAAAAAUCUUUCCCGUUAUUUCUACGUUUUUUCUAGUUUUGCUCAGGAAUUACGAAAACUACACUGAAAGUCAAAAACGACUUCUGUAUUGACCAAUUAAAUUAAAAAUGCAACAAAAAACCUCUCUUGUCAUUUUUUAUUGAAGCAACAUUUUCGAUAGAAAACAUACAUUUGUCUUUUCCUGGUUUUCCCUAAUUAUUAUGAAAACAUACUUAACCUACUUUCGCAGUAACUAGAUACAAAAUGCAAUAAAAAAGAUCUCGUGUCAUAUGAAUUUUUAAAUUAAAAUUAAAAUUCAUAUUAAAACAUAGAAAAACCAAUACAUCCCUCGAUCCGCUUCGAAUUAAAAAUUGUACUAACGAUUUAGCAUUAAUAAAUUAUUACUUAUAAGAUAAUAUUCAUUGCACAUUUGUAUUACUUAUUCAGCUGAAUACAAAUAAUACUCAUACUUGUAUUACAUAAUUAUUUAUUUUGUAAAACAUUUUUAUUUUAUUUUCUAAUGUGUAUUAUUUCGUUAUGUCGAUUGUCCUUUUCUCUUAUUAUCAUUAAUAAAACUUCUGCACAUAUAUCUAUUUAUAAUGAACGCUCUCGCAUCCCUUUAUCUUAAUUCCAUUCUCUGCUUCUAAUGACUCUGAUUUUUCUCUAUUAUUUGCACCAUAAGGUAUGAAAUAAUGAAGUCCCCUUCCUUUAUAUAUCCAGCCAAUAAGUAAUCAUUUUCUGAUUUUAAAACUAUAUAUUUUUCGUAUUAAUUUGUUGUGAUGUUAGUUUUAGUUUUAUUUAUGAUAUUACCUAUAACUAGGGCCCGGAUUUCAAUGAAAAAUGCAUCUUUUUUUGAGUGAUAUUAUACAAUGCUUUCCAAAUAUAUAAUUUGAUUCAUGUGACAGACUUCAAAGGUGAAAAACUUUUAUUUUGCAUUUUUCAAUGUUAUUUCAUUUUUAGAACAUUUUUAUCUUUUUUUUAUUAUUAUUAUAUAUUUAUAUACAAUACUAUAUACCAUGCUUCAUAUAUUUAAUCUAUGAUAUGAUUUAAUAAUUUAAAUUUAGCUUAUUCAAAAUAUUACUCAUACUGUUCAGUUUUUUCAGUCAAUCAGUCCAAACAGCUCCUCAAUUAAUACUAUCGUCGCUAUAGUCACAAGUCAAAUUUUUCAAUUUGCUGUUGUUUUUUUAAAUAAAAUAAAAGUAUUAUAAUUUACCCAAUAAAAUAAUAAAUUUAAAAAAUGAUAUGCUAUUUUUUAAAGACAUUUUUAGCUUUUUUUAGAGUAUUCUACGAUGAUUUUUAGUGCAUUAAAUCCAGACCCUACUUAUUAUAUAUUAUUGUUAUAGUACACAACCUGUAUUACUGGGUUCUUUCAAUUAUCUGUUCAAAUGCAAUUACCGUAUUUCAGACAAGGUGAAGUAUGGGCCAAAUUGAGGAACAAACUAACUCCGGAACUUACUAGUCCUAGGACAAUUCGACGUUUCUUACCGGAAGUAAACCAAUUGGCGGACGAUUUCAAUACUCUGAUCGGCUUGGCGAGAGACGGCAACAACGUAGUAAAAGGAUUCGAAUCGUACUGUAACCGAAUGGGGUUGGAAAGUACGUGUGAAAUCAUUUAUUUAGUAUAAAAAAUGUCACGAUAAAAAAAUAAAACAUCUGCCUGAUGAUAAAUGUAUUAUUACACGUCGAAUCAACGAUAUUAUAGUAUAAUAUAAUUACAAAAUACAUCAGGAAAUUGAAUUAUAUCACCUAUAAAAAGUACUUGUAUACAAUUUUUGAACCUGGGCAAAAUUAAUCAAUCAUUUUUAUCAACCGAUAUUAUUUUUAAUUGACAUAUAAUCAUGCCAAAAGUACUUUAAACGUAAAGACUCUCGUUAGUUAGAAGUCAUUUUUCGAACGACAAUGUUAUGAAUUUUAGAUGGUUAGUGUUGAUACAAAUAGAAAAUGAAAUUGUCAGUUUAAUGAACAAAAAACAAAUUAUAUACAAGAUGUCCCAUGGAGAUAUUAUUAUUAUUAUUAUAUACCCAUUGUAAUAUCUCUGGAGAUAAUAAACAUAAUAAAAUUCUGUUUUUUUUAUAUUAUUCACAGGGUUUAAGACUAUAAAUGUUAAUAUUCCAAUUAAUUUUAUGUUUUUGUUAAAAAACUUAAAAAAUAACUUUAUUUUGUUAUUUUUGAAAAAUUUAAAAAUAGCUAUUAUAUAGAGUAAACUGUUUAUUAUUCAGAAAAUGCUAAUGUAUCAACUUAUUUUCAUUAAAUUCGUGAUUUUAAGUUCAGAGGAAAAAAGACGGAUACACUUUGCACGUUGGUCUACUGUUGUAGACAAGCAGUCGGGAAGGUAGUAGAGGAGAAAUUUAAUUUAUAUCCAUAUAGUUUUUCACCAAUAGUCGAAAGUUAUGCUUCCAUCAAUAAUAUUUCAACGUUCUCAUAUUAUGAUUAAUGUAGAAUACUAAGCUGGAAAAUGGUUUGAAUAUUUAGUAUUACACAAUGGAAUAAUUUAAUGGUUGUGUGUUGCGAAUUUAAAUCAUAGUUACAUUUAAGUAUUUAACAGUAAUCAAUAUUUUUUUCAUUGAAUUAGUUACAACAAACGAAACAAGUAUUAUUUGAUAAAUCUACUCAAAGUUACGGGAAACCUUGUAUAAGAAUCGAACAAAUUAAAACGGUUUAAAGUCAUGAAAUAUGUUUGUUAGACUACUGAAAAAAGGAAUAACAAAUACAAUUGAUUUUAUUUGAAUAAUUGUGAUCCACAAUUAUUGUUGAAAAUUAAUGUAAACGUGUUAGCGAUUUCCCCCUUGAACCCUUGAAUCCUUAAUGCGGGCUUAUAGUCACACAGCAUUACAAACUAAAAAAUUAGAUUUCAUCACGUUAAUUUUAAAUAUUAAUCGUAUUAUACCUAUAUUUUUAUUAAUCGGCAGGUACAUGUACGCUGAUUUUGGGCAAGAGAUUCGGGUUUCUAGAUGGAGAGGUCAGCGACACAGCCACGCGGCUGGCAGACUCGGUAACGAGCCAAUUUCGCGCGUCGCAGGAAGCGUUCUACGGACUUCCUUUGUGGAAACUGUUCCCGACGAGAGCGUACAAGGACUUCGUAGCGAGCGAGGACGCCCUAUACGAGCAAGUACAACUUCUAAAAAACCGUUAAAUAAACGAAAUGAGUAAACGUUUCGAUUUCUAACGGUGUUUCACUUUAGCAUCGUAUCCGAAAUCGUCGACUCAGCGCUAAUAGAUGAGCAGCUGUCCUGCACAGACGUGCGCAGUGUUUUCGUAUCCAUACUGCAAGCUCCCGGACUGGACAACCGGGACAAGAAAGCCGCGAUCAUCGACUACAUCGCCGCUGGAAUUAAAACCGUACGAUAUAAUAUUGUAGACCUAUUUAUUUUAGGUUUUUGUACGCUAUUAUAAUAUAAUGUGAUUAGAUAUUUAUUAUUUCAUCACGUCUACCGACCAAUAGAUAAACACCAGUAAAACAAAAAAAAAACGUAAGUUAAAUUCCAUAAAUACUGAGGGGGUAGAAGGCAAAAAAGUAUAAAUACACACUCUGUAUACAAGUAUACGACUAUUAAAAAACAAAAUAUGUGCAAUUUUGUGCGGUAAUUCACGAACACGGAUUAUUUUACAAUCUCGAGAUACUUUUUUUAUACACACCAACCAUCCACUGCAAUUUGUUACUCCCUUCAGAAAAAAAUGCGGUUUUCCCGAAAGGAAACUAUAUUUACACGUCGCGUCGUCGUCGUCGUUGUUAUAAACAAACUAAUAGCUCCAUCGUUUAUUGUUUCUUUUUUGUUGUUUUUUUCAUCCUCACGUACAUGUAUAUCGCAGCUGGGAAACACACUGGUUUUUUUGUUGUAUUUGGUGGCCAAACAUCCGGACGUCCAGGAAAAAAUAUAUAACGAAGUGUUGCGACUAGCUCCGGCGGGUACAGCAAUAACGGCCGAACAUUUGCAUAAUGCCACGUAUUUGCAUGCCUGUAUAACCGAAGCUCACAGGUAUAAACACCCCGCGUUAUUGACGGCCAUCAGUUAUUUUCCUGAAAAUACUUAUCAAUUUAUUGUGUUUUCGUGUCCUACAUUUAUAUAUAUUUAUAGACUUUUGCCCACGGCUCCGUGUAUCGCAAGAGUGUUGGAAUCCGAUUUCGAAUACGAAAAUUAUCAAUUGCCAACAGGGGUAAUAUUAUAUUAAGUUAUUAUAUUUUAUUAGUAUUAUAAUCACACUCAGUGGCGACUAUCCUAUAAUGGAAGUGUGGAAAUAUAGAGACUGUUACACCUCCAAUUAAUAAGGGGGAGAGUUCAUUGUAAACUUCCGAUAGCAUUUGACGGUAUAACAAAACACUAUUAUUAUAUCAGUAGAUGGAAAGCAUUACUUUGAAUAUAGACAAUAUAGUACACUACCACAUCGCUACAUUUCUAAAAAGAAAAUGUGGUAUUUUGCCAUCUGGUUUACCUUUUAUAAUUCAUUUCGUUAUUUUAUUAGAUCUCUAUGAUAUGUAACCUAGCUGGUCACGUUUCUGCAUUCUUAAGACUGAUUUUUUAUCCGGUUCUUUAAAUAACUACUGUCGUAAUUCCACAUUUUUGAUCCAUAUAUGCUCCUUAGAAUUCUUCUUUAAACUUGUACGAAUUAUUAUUAUUAUUAUUAUUUUAUUUUUCUUAUAUGAAGAGUGUUGUUUUGCUGCAUACGUGGUUGGCGUGUUUGGACGACAAUAAUUUCGUUGAUGCAUCCUCGUACAAACCUGAAAGGUGGUUGGACGAGUUAACGAGAAAGUCACCGUUUCUCGUAGUGCCGUUCGGAUGCGGAAAAAGGAUGUGUCCGGGCAAACGUUUCGUCGAAUUGGAGCUACAGAUCGUCUUGGCAAAAGUACGUAGCUUAGCACCUUUAAUAUCAAAUAAACGAACGAACCUGCGUCAUAUUAAUUCAAACAAUUUUUGCUCUUUUUACGUAGAUGGUCAAACAAUUUCACAUCGACUUCGAUGGACAACUGAACACCGAAUUUGAAUUCCUUUUGACGCCCAGCAAUGCGGAUUUGAUCUUAAGAGACAGAAAUUGUUGAUAUAUUUAUAAAUAUUAAUGAUGUUUUUCUAUAUCUCUUUAAAUCUAACAACAUUCGUUAAAAUUCGAUGUGACCAGAUAAUAUGCUAUAUCUAUACUACAAAACGUUAGCUAUUGUAUUUUUAUUAGGAUUUUUGAAGUAUCUAUUUUAAUUUAAUACAAACCACCACAUAAAUAUACGAGUAUAUACUAUGUAUUUAUA